AUGACUUUAGACCAACGUGGUCAGACGAUCCGCCUCGGAUACGAGCACGGAGCAUUGGCUGUUGUGGUGGUUCUCGUCACAAUCCUCCCGAUGGUUAUGGACCGGGCCACCGCGGAAAAACCAAAGCCCAAAAUCGCCAGCUCAGGAUCCUGGUUCGCCAGCAGACAGGACUUCGCCGCUAAUGGCGUUGAAAUCAUUGAGAAGGGCUUCAACUAG